AUUUCAAUCGCGCAGGGCGAUAGGAAUAGGAGUGUUCCUUCGAAAGAUAUAACAAACUCAACGUGCAUCAGAGAGAUCGAUCUGUAGCCUCACUGGGCAUGAAGCCCUAAUCGAGCGAAGUUUUGAUCACUCUCUUCCUUGGGGAAAACCCCUCAUUUACGCUCGUCUCUGAGGUCCAUCAGGUUCUGAAGAUCUGUUUGAAUAUCUGUUGAGUUUGAUUAUCUGAGAUGGAUGGCAACAAAGACGAUGCGUUAAAAUGCUUGAAAAUUGGGAGAGAGGCAUUAGAAAGCGGGGAUCGGGCUCGCGCUUUGAAAUUUGUUGCCAAAGCUCGCCGUCUUGACCCCACUUUGCCCGUCGACGAUCUAUUGGUGGCGAUAGAGAAAGAUACAAGUGACCAACCGCCGACGGCGGCUGCUAAUGGACCAUCGGUGACGUCUUCAUCGAAGCCUGCUGAUCAACCUUCUCUCCGUCAAAGGGUUUCGACAGCAGGGUCUUCAUCCUCUACGUCAUCAGCUUCAUAUACGGACGAACAAAUCACGAUUGUUAGAGAGAUUAGGAGGAAGAAGAACUAUUAUGAGAUUUUGGGAUUAGAGAAGGGUUGUACUGUCGAGGAUGUGCGUAAAGCGUACAGAAAAUUGUCUUUGAAGGUUCAUCCUGAUAAGAACAAAGCUCCUGGUGCCGAGGAAGCGUUUAAGGCUGUGUCUAAAGCUUUCCAGUGUCUAAGUAAUGAAGAGAGUCGUAAGAAGUAUGAUCUUGUUGGAGAGGAUGAAUCCAUUUACGAAAGACGUGCUGCAAGGCAGCCAACACGGGCAUAUAAUGGGUAUUAUGAAGCCGAUGUUGAUGCGGAGGAAAUAUUUAGAAAUUUCUUCUUUGGUGGAAUGGCUCCUGCAACACCUUUUGGUGGCUUUAGUUUUGGACCGGGGAUGGGUCCAAGGCCAGCUGAGCAUGGGCCUAGUGGCUUUAAUGUUCGCGCUUUAAUUCAGUUGCUUCCUGUUCUGCUUAUUCUGCUUCUGAACUUCUUGCCCUCUUCAGAUCCUAUUUAUUCACUUUCUCGGCAGUAUCCAUAUGAACAUCGGUUUACUACACCAAAGGGUGUCAAUUAUUAUGUUAAGUCGGCCAAAUUUGAUCAAGACUACCCACCAAAUAGCCAUGAGCGAAUAACACUUGAAGAUAGGGUUGAGAGUGAUUACCUCAAUAUUCUUAGAGAGAAUUGUCGGCUUGAGUGGCAUCGCCGCCAAUGGGGAUAUAUCCGGGAAAUGCCACAUUGUGAAAUGCUUCGCAAGUUUGAGCCAGUGAACUAAUAAGUGAAUUAAGGUAGUUCCAGUGCUGCAAUCUGAUGGCUUUCUAUAUUAAAUCACUGGAUGUUACUAGUGGCACUGGCGGCAUGAAUUAGUUAAGCAUAUCUUGGUACAAAUGCGGGGAGGGGUUAAUUCAAUUAUACUGUUUUACAUUAUUCAGUUGAAAUGUCAAACUAUUGCUGACUUAAGUUUGGUGAAUUUGUAUAUUUUAUCAGUAGAAUGGUUUAGGAAUUUUAUUUGCUGUAAUGUUGUUUGUAACUUUAUGUAGUUUACUAAAUUGAUGUCUAUUGCAUUUACCCUGCUAUUUUGAUACAAAAA